UGCAUCAUGGGAAAUGGAAUUUUUCGUCGAAAUUUUUCACGCAGUUUCAUUGCAGUCUGAUUUUCUUCAAUUCUCAGCCCCAUAUGUACAUACAUUAGUGGACACUCGUUAGAUGUACACCUCUCGCAGUUCCAGUUCUGAAUAAACAGUCCCAAUAAUUGGUACAUUAUUAUCUGAAUCGUUGUAUUUUCCUGAAUCUGUCCAAUAUAUGCUACAUACUUUCUCAUAGAAGCACAUUACUCGUGUUUGCAUGACCUAUUUGGUUAGCAAUUUCAAGUUGGUUUUCAUAUUAAUGGGGAAAUGAAACACAUCAAUUAAUUCGAUACGGGGAAAGUUCAGAAUGCCAAGAACAAUAGUUUAUAGAACUUUCGUGGACAACUUCCACCCAGACCCAGAACAAAAUUUCCACAUAAAAUGGACACUCAACUUAGCAUUGAAGAGAAAGCCGAGGUGCGACGAACUUGGGAUAUUAUUCGAAAAAACCUUAAAGAAAAUGGGAUGGAAAUUUUCAUCGCAAUGUUCAAGACUGAUCCAGGGAAGCAACAUUUAUAUAAACGGUUUGGCUGUAUCCCAAUCCACAAAUUAAAGUCCAACAAAGCUUUCGUCGCCCAAUCGACCCUCGUCAUGGCGUCGUUGGACGAUAUCUUGUCACAAAUUGAGAAACCGGUCGUCAUGAAAGAAAAAAUGGUCCAGUUGGGCAGACAUCACAAAGCGAUUAAGUCUCGAGCUACCCCGCGAGAUUUCAAGGAUUUGAAUAAUACCAUUUUGGACUUACUUCCCGUCGUUCUGGGGACAGCGUGGACUAAACAUUCGGAACAGGGUUGGAAGAAAGUGCUGUCAAUGCUGUUAGCGAAUAUUACUUUUGGAUUAGAAACUUAAUGCAGACACAUAAAUAUUAAUAUGAUCUAGUCAAAAUAUUAGUUAUAUUUAAGCUUUGUAAUUAAUUGUCUGUAGGUUCUUCUUCUUUAGCAUUUCUUUCAUUUUUUUAAAGCCUUGGAUUUCAAUUAGUGGCAAUAAAAUAUUUUUGUCAGGAUAACGUGCUAGUAAUCAUACCAUCGUUAUCCUAUACAACAACUUAAAAAAAUUAAUGAACGAAUAUAAAAUCAACUGAAUUCUUAGAAGGGAUUAUGUAUGUACAUAGGUAU